CAUGCAGCUAUAAGCACAACACGCACGCAGUCUGUCUGAGCUGGAAUCGUGUCUUUGCGCCAACUUAUCAAGAAAAAGGACGUGAGCAGCGUGUAAAAACACAGACUUAACAAGUGGUCAUCAUGGCUCUGGAUGGAUGUGGCCUUUUCUGCAAGUAUAUGCUCAUCAUUUUCAACAUCAUCUUCGCGCUGGUGGGGUUUGCAUGUCUGGGUUUUGGCCUGUGGUUGAGGUUCAGCAAUAACACCAGAGGAAUAUUCGAAAUCGAGGCCUUCAGCUCAACCACAUUUGUCAUAGCCGUGACCGUCCUGAUCGUCCUUGGCUCAUUGAUGCUGUUGGUGGUCUUUUUUGGAGAUUAUGGAGCGUGCAAUGAGAAAAGAUGUGCUCUUCAAGUGUUCUCCGUUCUUCUGGCGCUUAUGGCUGUAGCUGCUGUCUGUAUCGGAGCCAUCACGUUCUCCCAGAGGGUUGAGGUUGGGAAGCAUAUAGCAGAAUUUUACACCAGCUUGUACGCUCUGUAUGUGGCAAACGGAGACCCGGUUAUUAAAGUUACUCUCCAGUUCGUCCACAACAUGCUUCACUGCUGUGGAGUGACCGGGUCUCCACUGGUCGAGUCUCUGGACUGCCCCAAACCAAACAGCAUUUUUGAAAACAUUGUCAUGCCGACUUGUCCUGCAGUCAUCGAGUCCAAGUUCGACAGUCAAGCUCCGCUGGUGUUGGGCGUGUUUGUUGGAACAGGAGCUCUGCUGCUCGUAGCUCUGUUCUGCAGCACCACCCUCAGUUCAAAGCUCAGACAGUCUGCCUCAGCUUCCCAGUACAUCAUCCUGACUCAGUCCACCCCUGUGCUGGCUCAGCCCUCACCCCCCACCUCCUAUUACCCUGACCAGGACCCCAUCAUCUUCACCCCUCUCACUGAGGCCAACAUCCCUCUGACUCAGGCCUAGUCAUCGCUCUGGUCUGCUCAGUCAUCCUCCUCAAACAGCUCCAGGCCGUCCAUCAGGAGGUGAAGGCGUACUACAGAGCCGUGUACUGAACAGGAGAAGCCGCUGUUUAAUUCUUCAUCAGCUUCAUUAGAGUAAAACAUCGCUGAGUCUGAUGUAACCGGGGUUAGAGGAGGCAUGUUUACAGACCUUUAUCUGUAUGUGAAUACUGAACACACCGGCUUUUGUUUUCUGUUUAGAUCUUGUUUUUUUUCAUUAAUGUACAUUGGGCUGAUGAACUGACCAAAUGCAAAUGAACAGUUGGUAAAAUAUCUUUUUUACAUUAUUCUGGAAUGCAUGGUGUUUUUAGUAUCCCUUUAUAUCGUCCUGUUCUGCCAACAUUGUCUUUGAGUUGCUGUUAAUCACAAAGCAGGUACAUUUGUCAAGGGCAUCUACUUUUAUCAGACUUAAAGUUUUGUGUUUUUGCAGCUAUGUUGGAGUUUGCAUGUUUUUUUGUCAGACCGCUUAUUUUCUAACUCAUCAGUGUGCCAAGAAGUUUUCUACUUGGAUGUUUGACGUUAGAAUCUUCUUCUUCUCCAGAAAACCUCCAGAGUGUUUACAAAAAGUCUAGAACUUUUUAAGAGAGAGAACCUGCAGGGUUUUGCAGCAUUUCAAAUUAAGUUGUCUGAAACUGGUGUGAUUUAAGGGAAACGCUGCUUUGUCUGUGACUCACAUUCCUACUAAACAUUUCUGUGACCAAACUGAUGCACAUGAAGCUUCCUGUUUAAAAAAAAAAAAAAAAACCACCACCUUCAGUUUCCUUCCGUUUUACUUGUGGCUUUGCACUGUUGUUUCAAAAAGUUAGAAUUAUUUUUCACGUUUAUUUGUUCUUUAUUCUUGUGUUAUUUCAUUUCAAUAAAACCAAACAUGAGUA